GAGAUUAACAGGGAGUAGGAAGCAAGCGCAGUAGAAGACUUUUGUAUCCACCACACGGAGACGGACGGUGCCAACUGCUAGCUACGUUAGCCACAGUUAGACAGUUAGCAACUAGCUCCAGAGUAGUAGCACAUUUAUUACACAUACGGGACUGAGCACGACACAGAGAGAGAGAGACAGGCAGACAGACAGCGUCUGUGUGUGAGUGUGUGUGACUGUCGACGUGUGCUCCUGUUUGACCGUCCCGGACUGACUCCUCGUGUGUGUGUGUGUGAGACAGAGAGAGUGUGUAUGCAUGAGGUGAACCAGUGUGUAUAUUAAUGAACACACCUCUCUUGCUCACCUGAGCAAGCGUGUCUGGUCUGUGCGUGUGUGUUUGGUGUUAGCAAAGUAGCAAAACGUAAACGCACAUAAACAGAGCGCGAGAGUCGACUGUUAACACUCGGUGUCCGGUUACUUGACAGCGGAGUCUCAUCAUUUUACCGAUACCGACACGGCACGAGCAUGAUGUUGAAAUUCACCAUAGUCCGAGGCGGCCUCAGCCUGUUGGCCGUGAGGCGCGCAUGUCUUCUCUCCCGCUUUUCCCACUCCGCCCCUCGGAGCGAGUAUCGACCAAUCAAGAAGGUCAUGGUGGCCAAUAGAGGUGAAAUAGCCAUCCGUGUGUUCAGAGCCUGCACUGAACUGGGGAUUCGAACCGUGGCCGUGUACAGUGAGCAGGACACUGGACAGAUGCACAGGCAGAAAGCAGACGAGGCUUACCUGAUUGGGAAGGGCCUGACACCUGUUGCUGCAUACCUGGAUAUUCCUGACAUUAUCAAAGUAGCCAAGGACAACAAUGUAGACGCGAUCCACCCGGGCUAUGGUUUCCUCUCUGAGCGCUCCGACUUUGCCCAGGCUUGUGCCGAUGCAGGGGUGAUGUUCGUCGGCCCGAGCCCAGAGACCGUCCGCAAGAUGGGAGACAAAGUGGAGGCUCGUAUGCUGGCCAUCAAAGCAGGUGUUCCUGUGGUCCCAGGAACAGACUCCCCCAUCGCCAACAUGCGCGAGGCUCAGGUGUUUGCCGAAACAUACGGUUUCCCUAUCAUCUUCAAAGCAGCGUACGGAGGAGGUGGUCGAGGCAUGAGGGUGGUCAGAGAAUAUGAGGAACUGGAGGAAAAUUACCAGCGGGCGUACUCUGAAGCCCUGGCAGCUUUCGGGAAUGGAUCCCUGUUUGUCGAGAAGUUCAUUGAAAAGCCGAGACACAUUGAAGUGCAAAUCCUCGGUGAUAAAUAUGGUAAUGUCAUCCACCUCUACGAGAGAGACUGCUCUAUUCAGCGGAGACACCAAAAGGUUGUGGAGAUUGCACCAGCCUUCCAACUGGAUCCUUCUCUGAGAAACCGACUUCACGCCGAUGCCGUCAACCUGGCCAGACAGGUGGGAUAUGAGAACGCAGGAACCGUGGAGUUCCUGGUGGACAAACAUGGCAAGCAUUACUUCAUCGAAGUCAACUCCCGACUCCAGGUUGAACACACAGUCACUGAAGAAAUCACUGAUGUGGACUUGGUGCACGCCCAGCUCCAUGUGUGUGAGGGCCGUAGCCUGCAGGAUCUGGGCCUCAAACAAGACAAGAUCAGGGUGAACGGCUGUGCCAUCCAGUGCAGAGUGACCACCGAAGACCCAGCCAGAGGCUUCCAGCCAGACACCGGCAGGAUUGAGGUCUUCCGAAGUGGUGAAGGAAUGGGCAUCCGUCUGGACAGUGCCUCGGCAUUCCAGGGUGCCGUCAUCUCACCCCACUAUGACUCCCUCCUGGUCAAAGUCAUUGCCAGUGGGAAAGACCUGCAGACUGCAGCCUCCAAGAUGAGCCGCGCUCUGGCCGAGUUCAGAGUCCGAGGGGUCAAGACAAACAUCCCGUUCCUCCAGAAUGUUCUUUCCAACCACCAGUUCCUCCACGCCACUGUGGACACCCAGUUCAUCGACGAGAACCAGGAACUCUUCAACCUCAAACCCACUCAGAACCGAGCCCAGAAGCUACUGCACUACCUGGGUCAUGUGAUGGUGAAUGGGCCGACGACACCCAUCCCAGUGAAGGCUAAGCCUUCCUCCAUAGACCCAGUGGUCCCUGCUGUCACCAUGGGCGAGCCUCCUGUAGGUUUCCGUGACGUGUUACUGCGCGAUGGUCCCGAGGGAUUUGCCAAAGCCGUUCGUGCCCACAAAGGCCUGUUGCUCAUGGACACUACGUUCAGAGAUGCUCACCAGUCGCUCCUGGCAACAAGAGUCCGGACCCAUGACCUGAAAAAGAUUUCGCCUUACGUCAGCCAUAACUUCAACAAUCUUUACAGCUUGGAGAACUGGGGAGGUGCUACAUUUGACGUGGCCAUGCGCUUCCUGUACGAGUGCCCAUGGAAGAGGCUCCAGGAGCUGAGAGCUUUGAUCCCAAAUGUCCCUUUCCAGAUGCUGCUGAGAGGAGCCAAUGCCGUGGGCUACACCAACUACCCCGAUAAUGCUGUUUUCAAGUUCUGCGAGGUGGCCAAGGAGAACGGCAUGGACGUCUUCCGUGUCUUCGAUUCCCUUAACUACCUGCCAAACAUGCUGUUGGGGAUGGAGGCGGUUGGAUCUGCAGGUGGCGUAGUGGAGGCCGCCAUCUCAUACACGGGCGAUGUGUCUGACCCCAUGAGACAGAAGUACUCCCUGGACUACUAUUUGAAGCUGGCCGACGAGCUCGUCAAAGCUGGAACCCACAUCCUCUGUAUCAAGGAUAUGGCCGGGCUACUGAAGCCAGAAUCGAGCAAGCUUUUGAUUGGCGCUCUGAGAGACCGUUUCCCAGAUGUACCCAUCCAUGUGCACUCACAUGACACAGCUGGAGCCGGUGUCGCCGCCAUGCUGGCCUGUGCUCAGGCUGGAGCUGAUGUAGUCGAUGUGGCCGUGGACUCGAUGGCGGGUAUGACUUCUCAGCCCAGCAUGGGAGCCAUUGUUGCUUGCACAAAGGGGACAGAGAUUGACACUGGUAUCGCUCUGGAGAAGGUGUUUGACUACAGUGAAUACUGGGAAGUAACCAGAGGCCUUUAUGCUCCAUUUGACUGCACCGCCACCAUGAAAUCUGGAAACGCUGAUGUCUAUGAGAAUGAGAUACCAGGAGGACAGUACACCAACCUUCACUUCCAGGCUCACAGUAUGGGACUUGGGAAUAAAUUCAAGCAGGUGAAGAAGGCCUACACCGAAGCCAACAAACUACUAGGGGAUCUCAUUAAGGUGACUCCAUCCUCAAAGAUCGUGGGAGACUUGGCCCAGUUCAUGGUGCAGAACAACUUGACCAGGGCAGAAGUGGAGGAGAGGGCUGAUGAGUUGUCCUUCCCCCUAUCUGUGGUGGAGUUUCUGCAGGGCCACAUUGGGAUUCCACAUGGAGGAUUCCCUGAGCCCUUCAGAUCUAAGGUGCUGAAGUCUCUCCCCUGUAUUGAGGGUCGCCCCGGUGCCACUCUGCCUCCCAUGGACUUCAAAACUCUGGAGGAGGGUCUCCGAGCUGCACACGAUGAUGACAUCACCACUGAGGAUGUGGUGUCAGCAGCCAUGUACCCGAAGGUGUUCCAAGAGUAUAAGGAAUUCACUUCUACCUUUGGCCCAGUGGACUGCCUCAGCACCAGACUGUUCCUGGAUGGACCCAAGAUCGCUGAGGAGUUUGAGGUGGAGCUGGAAAGAGGAAAGAUCCUCCACAUCAAGGCACUGGCACUGGGUGACCUGAACAAGGCCGGUCAGAGAGAGGUCUUCUUUGAGCUGAAUGGACAGCUGAGAUCUGUGCUGGUGAAAGACACUGUUGCCAUGAAGGAAAUGAAGUUCCACCCCAAGGCUCAGAAGUCCAUCAAGGGUCAGGUGGGAGCACCGAUGCCUGGAAAAGUCCUGGAGGUCAAAGUGGAAGUUGGAUCCAAGGUGGAGAAGGGUCAGCCGCUGUGUGUCCUCUCGGCCAUGAAGAUGGAAACUGUGGUCAACUCCCCGUUGGCUGGGACCAUUAAGGCAGUUCAUGUCACGCCUGACUCCUCCCUGGAGGGAGAUGACCUGAUACUGGAAAUCGAGGAGUAGUGUGAGAGAGGAGACGAGAGGGGAGAGGGGAGAGGGGAGGUUAGACAAUCUGAUUCUGGAAAAACGGUGACAAGUGGAGAACAGAACCCUUUAAAGAGUGAUCUCUUAGCCCACUUUGUACAUAUUCUGUUUGGUUGCACUGGGGGAAGAAUACAGCUCUACACAUAUUCUACUGUGGGUGUAAAGAUCCUGAAGUCCCUGAAUCUCUUUUCAUUCUCUUUCCUUCUCUAAAAGUGGUGAUCAGGGCCAAACACAGUCUAUAUCUCAAUAGAUCCUCUAACAUGUAAACAUGUCAUACAGUAUUUGACUCGUGAUUUAUUGUUACUAAUGUAGUCUUAAAUGUGACAUUAGCAGAGCUCUCUAUUUCUAUGCUGUUGAUGUUGACAUAAUAUAUAUUACAACAGAGUGGGUGGAGUUUAUUAAUGACUGCUAACUCUUUUUCUUCGUAUAAUCAGUGGGAUUCAGACAAAGGAGGACAAACGUGAGGCCGUAUCACUGAGACGUAAUCGAUCUCUAACAUUCUGGGAAUGUGUAAUCACAUCCUUAUCUUUGGAAAGCAAAGCACACACGGAGCAAAGGAGAAAAACGUCCCAAUCGUUUGUCCAACGACCUCUUUAAGAUAAUGAUGUUCAUGAGGACGUUUUUUUUAAGACAACAGCACAACAAAGCGAGUGGCACAAUUUCCAGCUGACAUGUAUGCAGAUAAACAAGUGAACAAAAGUAUUCUGUUACUGAGGUAUUUAUGUAUAUACAUACAUAACAUAUAUAUAUAUAUACAUAUAUAUAUAUAUAUAUAUAUGUAUAUGUGUGUGUAAAGAUCUGAUGUGAAAUGUUUCCCCAUUCACUCUAAAAUCCUGAGUGAAGCCAGUUUACGUUGUUCAAAUCCCCCUCUAUGUCUCAUUGGAAGCAGGAUUAGACUUCUGUGACUUUUACAAAGUAUCUGUGUUUAAAUGAGGUCGUGUUAAUCUGAAACCAGGAUCACGGCAGCUCUGUUAAAGCAGCACUAUCGUGGUCUGCUCUAUCAUGGUAGAGUGUUGAAGCGGCUUCAAAGUGUCUCUGGUUUAAUUGUGUGAUGUUGGAAAAGUUGUCGGACGAGCGUCUCCGCUGGGUCUCUUUAGAACCAGGCUAACAUCGUUGUGAAUGGUCCGUCUGUCUGUGGGGUGGAAUUUUAAUGCCAGGUAUAAAUGAGAUUACAUGGUGGUGUAACGGAGGCAUGUGGUGUUAUUUUCUGAGACUCUGCUGAUUAAUUUAUGAAUUAAUUAUCUGUCAAAUGAUGGGAAAUUAACCGGACUAAUAAGAGACUCUGGAGACUCCCAGUAUCUCAAAUGUGUGUUUAGAUAGGCGAGUCUUAAUGUGUGGGUUUUCAAGCAAAUUCUGAGACAAAAGUCACCCGGUUACCAUAAUAAUAAUAAUAUCGCAUCUGCAGAAAACACAGAGGUGGAAUCAUUCACACUAAUACUGCUGCUGCUGCUGCUGCUGCUUAGAUUAGAGCCAAAUACAUUGCACAGUGGUAUAACCUGGUCUCCAUGGUAACACUAUCGAAAACAUUAAAUAGCAAUUCAGCAACGACCCCAUUCUGUUGUCAGGUGAUAUUGCUGAACACUGAAAUUAAACCCAGAGAAGAUUAGACUCCACUAAUGUCAGCAGCACAACUUUUAACUACAGGACGUGCUUGAGCCUGAGAGCGAUCUCUGCCAAACUGACCGCUGAACGUAAUCAACCCCAGAGAAGACGACACCGAACUUUUCCAAAAAAAAACAUCCUCGCAACUCGGACAGAGCGCAUUGAUCUGUGCUGCAGUGGGCUUGUGCUCGACUGCGCCGCUUCCUGAUUGUUUGCACCAUUACCUCUGAGAACGCGCCCCCCCUCUGAACCACAACAUCAAUACUGAGCAGCAACACCGUAGUUAAUUACAACACUGAUACGUCUCCUCACUCUGCCAGCCCAUGCGCCAUGCACCGCCAUGCCUCACUGUACCUCCUAACUGUAUCACUCAAAGUGGUGGGAGGGUAUGAAUGCAUGAAAGAAAGAAUGAAUGAAUGCUUUAGUGAAGCUGUUGAACCAUGUAUCUGCUUUUCAUCUCCUUUGCCUCUCCGUCUUUCUCUCGCUCCAGAGUGUAAAUUUGCACAUGUAAGAUGUUGGUACCAUCUCAUGCAAUAAUGUUUCUCUAGCAGUGAUUCCAAUAAUUGUGCUUAUGACAAUGUACUACUAGUAAAUAAAAAAAAAAAAAGUGAAGUAUCAUCAAAAUCUCAAUUGUUUUCAUUAUGUAUUUUUACAAAAAAAAAUCACCCACAUCUUUUGUUUACUCUCAUAUUAGCAGACAUGACCGCCAGUAGAUUAAAUAUCUCUCCUUAGAAUUAGUACCACUGUCAUAAUAUAAUAACUACAUAGUUAAAAACUAAUCAUUUUCAAUUACUGCCCUAGUGGUAAACAUUUGAGGAUGUUUAAAAGCUGGAAAGCACAUAAAGGGAAACAAAAAGUGUCACAUGAAAGCAACAAGUGUACCACCUGUACUUACAAAUAAAGUUAAUUGUAACUGAA